CCGCGGAGCCUGCAGUUCCCGAGCCCCGUGUGCGGCACCGCCACAGUCUGGGCAGCGGCGGCCGGGGGAGCGCUACUACCAUGAACUGCCUGGUCCUCCUCCCCAGAGCUGCUCAUCCGGGUCGGGCUGGAGACACAGUCAGGGGACCCCGUUGCCGCCGCCGCGCCCCCUCUUCUUUCGGCUCAGUCUUCUCUUCCACCUUUUCCUCCUCUUCCUCCACCUUCUCUUCCUGCAUCCCCCCCUCCCCCGCCGCGGAUCCUGGCCGCUGCUCUACACACCCAGGAUGCCGGGGGGCAAGAGAGGGCUGGUGGCACCGCAGAACACAUUUUUGGAGAACAUCGUCAGGCGCUCCAGUGAAUCAAGUUUCUUACUGGGAAAUGCCCAGAUUGUGGAUUGGCCUGUAGUUUAUAGUAAUGACGGUUUUUGUAAACUCUCUGGAUAUCAUCGAGCUGACGUCAUGCAGAAAAGCAGCACUUGCAGUUUUAUGUAUGGGGAAUUGACUGACAAGAAGACCAUUGAGAAAGUCAGGCAGACUUUUGACAACUACGAGUCAAACUGCUUUGAAGUUCUUCUGUACAAGAAAAAUAGAACCCCUGUUUGGUUUUAUAUGCAAAUUGCACCAAUAAGAAAUGAACACGAAAAGGUGGUCUUGUUCCUGUGUACUUUCAAGGAUAUUACGUUGUUCAAACAGCCAAUAGAGGAUGAUUCAACAAAAGGUUGGACGAAAUUUGCCCGAUUGACACGGGCUUUGACAAAUAGCCGAAGUGUUUUGCAGCAGCUCACACCAAUGAAUAAAACUGAGGUGGUUCACAAACAUUCAAGAUUAGCUGAAGUUCUUCAGCUGGGAUCAGAUAUCCUUCCUCAGUAUAAACAAGAAGCGCCAAAGACGCCACCACACAUUAUUUUACAUUAUUGUGCUUUUAAAACUACUUGGGAUUGGGUGAUUUUAAUUCUUACCUUCUACACCGCCAUUAUGGUUCCUUAUAACGUUUCCUUCAAAACGAAGCAGAACAACAUAGCCUGGCUGGUACUGGAUAGUGUGGUGGAUGUUAUUUUUCUGGUUGACAUCGUUUUAAAUUUUCACACGACUUUCGUGGGGCCCGGUGGAGAGGUCAUUUCUGACCCUAAGCUCAUAAGGAUGAACUAUCUGAAAACUUGGUUUGUGAUCGAUCUGCUGUCUUGUUUACCUUAUGACAUCAUCAAUGCCUUUGAAAAUGUGGAUGAGGGAAUCAGCAGUCUCUUCAGUUCUUUAAAAGUGGUGCGUCUCUUGCGACUGGGCCGUGUUGCUAGGAAACUGGACCAUUACCUGGAAUAUGGAGCAGCAGUCCUCGUGCUCCUGGUAUGUGUGUUUGGCCUGGUGGCCCAUUGGCUGGCCUGCAUAUGGUAUAGCAUCGGAGACUACGAGGUCAUUGAUGAAGUCACUAACACCAUCCAAAUAGACAGUUGGCUCUAUCAGCUGGCCUUGAGCAUUGGGACUCCAUAUCGCUACAAUACCAGUGCAGGGAUAUGGGAAGGAGGACCCAGCAAGGAUUCACUAUAUGUGUCCUCUCUCUACUUUACCAUGACAAGCCUUACGACCAUAGGAUUUGGAAACAUAGCUCCUACCACAGAUGUGGAGAAGAUGUUUUCGGUGGCUAUGAUGAUGGUUGGCUCUCUUCUUUAUGCAACUAUUUUUGGAAAUGUUACAACAAUUUUCCAGCAAAUGUAUGCCAACACCAACCGAUACCAUGAGAUGCUGAAUAAUGUACGGGACUUUCUGAAACUCUAUCAGGUCCCAAAAGGCCUUAGUGAGCGAGUCAUGGAUUAUAUCGUCUCAACAUGGUCCAUGUCAAAAGGCAUUGACACGGAAAAGGUCCUCUCCAUUUGUCCCAAGGACAUGAGAGCUGAUAUCUGUGUUCAUCUAAACCGGAAGGUUUUUAAUGAACAUCCUGCUUUUCGAUUGGCCAGCGAUGGGUGUCUACGCGCCUUGGCAGUAGAGUUCCAAACCAUUCACUGUGCUCCUGGGGACCUCAUUUACCACGCUGGAGAAAGUGUGGAUGCCCUCUGCUUUGUGGUGUCGGGAUCCUUGGAAGUCAUCCAGGAUGAUGAGGUGGUGGCUAUUUUAGGGAAGGGUGAUGUAUUUGGAGACAUCUUCUGGAAGGAAACCACCCUUGCCCAUGCAUGUGCAAAUGUCCGGGCCCUGACAUACUGUGACCUACACAUCAUCAAGCGGGAAGCCUUGCUCAAAGUCCUGGACUUUUAUACAGCUUUUGCAAACUCAUUCUCAAGAAAUCUCACUCUUACCUGCAAUCUGAGGAAACGGAUCAUCUUUCGUAAGAUCAGCGAUGUGAAGAAGGAGGAGGAGGAGCGCCUCCGGCAGAAGAAUGAGGUGACUCUCAGCAUCCCUGUGGACCACCCGGUCAGAAAGCUCUUCCAGAAGUUCAAGCAGCAGAAGGAGCUGCGCAAUCAGGGGUCAACACAGAGUGACCCCGAGAGGAACCAACUCCAGGUAGAAAGCCGCUCCUUACAGAAUGGAGCCUCCAUCACUGGCACCAGUGUGGUGACUGUGUCACAGAUUACUCCCAUUCAGACAUCUCUGGCCUAUGUGAAAACCAGCGAAUCACUUAAGCAGAACAACCGCGAUGCCAUGGAACUCAAGCCCAAUGGUGGUGCUGAUCAAAAAUGUCUCAAAGUCAACAGCCCAAUAAGAAUGAAGAAUGGAAAUGGGAAAGGGUGGCUGCGACUCAAGAAUAAUAUGGGAGCCCAUGAGGAGAAAAAGGAAGACUGGAAUAAUGUCACAAAAGCUGAGUCCAUGGGGCUAUUGUCCGAGGACCCCAAGAGCAGUGAUUCAGAGAACAGUGUGACCAAAAACCCAUUAAGGAAAACAGACUCUUGUGACAGUGGCAUUACAAAAAGUGACCUUCGUUUGGAUAAGGCUGGGGAGGCCCGAAGUCCACUAGAGCACAGUCCCAUUCAGGCUGAUGCCAAGCACCCCUUCUAUCCCAUCCCUGAGCAGGCCUUACAGACCACACUGCAGGAAGUCAAACAUGAACUCAAAGAGGACAUCCAGCUGCUCAGCUGCAGAAUGACUGCUCUAGAGAAGCAGGUGGCAGAAAUUUUAAAAAUACUGUCAGAGAAAAGUGUCCCCCAGUCCUCAUCACCCAAAUCCCAAAUGCCACUCCAAGUACCUCCCCAAAUACCAUGUCAGGAUAUUUUUAGUGUUUCAAGGCCUGAAUCACCUGAAUCUGACAAAGAUGAAAUUCACUUUUAAUAUAUAUACAUAUAUAUUUGUUAAUAUAUUAAAAACAGUAUAUACAUCUAUAUACAUGUGUAUAUACCGUAUAUACAUAUAUAUAUUUUCACUUGCUUUCAAUAUGAUAACAACGUGGAUUUUGAUAUGUAAAUAUUGCAUGUCCAGCUGGAUUCUGGCUUGCCAAAGAAGAUGAUUAUUAAACACAUAGAUAUUGCUUGUAUAUUAUGCAGUUGACUGCAUGCACACUUUACAUUUGUUUAUAAUCUCUAAUCUAUAAUAAAAGAGUAUGAUUUUUGUUACCCAAGGCAAUGUAAUAUUUGAAGAAUCAGGGUCCAACCUGCCAAUGUUGCCGUGACAAAUUUGAUCUCAGGCUGAGUAUGUAUAUCGAGCUAUCAUUUUCUCACUGUUCUGUUAAGUUAAAAUUGUAGAUUAAUGCCAAGGAAGAGUUCAGUCUUUUAAACUAUUAGUACCACGUUAUGAUCUCUUUGCAUAGGAUAUUUUUCUGUAACUUAAGUGAGGUUCUUUUCCCCUGCAGGCAUUGUUUGCUCCAUUUAAAUGACUGUUUUGUUGCCUAAGUCAGAUAACAGUGUGGGAUAUUGAAAACUUUUUGCUAUGGGUUUUGUGCAUGAAUUACAUUUUUGCUCAACUAUACCUCUCCUUUUUUAACAUUAUACUUAGAUAGUAAUCAUUAGCUCUUCUGUAAGGAAAUCCCUACUCCAUCCUUCUUGGAGAACAGCUGCCAUCUUGUAGGCUGACAUUAUCAACAUCAUAAAUACUAAACUAUUAAUAUAGUGUAUGUUAUUAUAGAAGCACUGCACCACAGGGUAUAAGGGCCUUUUGACAAUUCAUAUAAGAGAUGCUGAAUUUCCAAAGCUGAUGAAUGCUCUAAAUUUGUAUUUCCAAAACAUGUUCAAGAGUGACGUUGAAAGGUUUCUUAGCAAAUAAACAUACAAAAAAAAGUAUUUAAGUAAUCAUAUCAAAAUGCUAACUAUUGUGAUAUAAAAUAAAAAAGAAUGUAAACAGAUAGAUAAAUUUUUGUGGCAUAUCUGUAACUUAGAAGAAUGAAACACCGGUACAGAUUGUUGACACAUGAAUCUUAGUGCUUGUAGUGAUAACACAUGAAAUGUGGUAAGAAACAAACCAACCAAGUAGUAGAUAUUAAGUUGCUCGACUCAGAUAACUGCUUUUCUAUCAUUUUAUUGUGGUUACAGUUUUUGAAAGCUUUUUUUGCAUGCAGUUCUACUGCUGGAUUUCUCCUGAGUUGAUUCAACAAACUAUUGUGGCUCAGGCAGAUCCACUUAUGAAAGGGGGAUACUAAAGACUGAAUUGUAGUCUUUUGAAUUCAAAUCCUCUUUGUAGAAAGUGCCUAUUAUCAAGUUUUUCUAAAAAGUCACAAAGAGUUGUCCUGUAUAUAGCUAGUCCCUUAAAUGAUAUGGAUUGAGAAUAAAAUACACAUUCACUUGUAAGAACCCAUGAGAACUUAUUUCUUUUGACUAAAGUAUAUUUUAGGAAGUUGUUCAGAGAAGCGUACUUUUCAGUCAGUGCAUGCACAGCAUUUAACAUUGGGAGCAGGGGAGUUAGUGUUUGCAUAAAGUUGAAAAAAUAUGCUAGUAGUUUAUAUAUUACUGGACUACCUGUACAUAUAUGUUAACAAUAUGCAAAAGUUGAUGGCAAAAUCGAAGGAGAUAUUUUGGUCUAUUAUACACAUUUUUAGGCGCUUUUCUAUCUCCCAGUAUCCCCAACCAAAGCCACUAGAACUGAAAGACACAUUAUCACAUUCAGACUCGCAAAGUGCAAAACAGUAAUUUAUAAAAACAGUUGCUAUUUUAGAAUUUCUAUUGAACUUCACGUGCCCACAAGAUGUGCCUCUAAUUUAGGAGUCUCAAAACAUAUGUGCCAUGGGCUACGUUUUCCUUUCUUUAUGCAUAUAACUUCCACUAACCAUAAUAGAAGUUUUCAGGGGAGCACAUUCUCCAUGUAAUGCUACAAUAUCUACCUACCACAAACACAACAAAAUGAAAUAAUUAUGGAGUAAGGUAUCUGCCUUGAAAUUGGGAUUUUUUUGCUUUCAUGGUAAGGAUGAUAUCUUUUUCUCGACCUCUGACAUUUAUUGAAUUUCAGGGUGUUUUUCUAUUUGUUUAAGCCAAGUUUGGCUUAAACUUUUAAAGGUGAAUGUGUGAUUAAAAUAAAAACCUGAGUACAGAGGUUGUUAGUUUAACUUUAGCUGCUACUUCAAAAAUAACUGUUGGUAUAAAGCUAUAAAAGAAUGACUGUGAACAGCAUGAUAAUUUGAAGUUCUAAUUCAUGCCUUUACAUAUUAGUGAUACAAAUAUUUACUGUGUUCUGACAUUGAUGUAGAGUUUCACCUAAUCAACCGACAAUAUUAUUGUUCCUAUAUGCAAGAAACAUAAUGGUUUUGAAUUACUGCAGAUUGUUAAGAAGGAGGGAAAGUACCAGUUGUUUGUUUAUGGUGCAGUUAUCGUAGUGUUUUUUCAGCCACCUCUGUUCUCUGUGUGCAUGAUAUGAUGAGGUGCUGAAUUCACCCUGCUGUUUUCAGCAGGAAUGUGUGUAUUCAGCAAACAUUGUAUAUAGAGUAGUCUUUUAGGUUCCCAGAUUCCAUAAAUCUUAGCAGUUGAAUUUACUCAGAUUUGGAUGAAGGUUGAACACUUGCUUUAAUACAUGCAAUAAUGAUACAAUCAUGUUCCAUGUUGCCUCAGCUAGCACAUAGACAGUAGAUGCUCUUUUGGGGACCAGAUGACUGCAUGUUUUAUUCCUGUACUGUAUAGAGGCUCUUGGUGCAUCCAGAAUAAAAAUUUUAAUAUUUCUAAGUAAUGUAUUCAUAGGAGUAAAUGGAUAUGUAUUUGAAAUCCAAACAUUUUCCAAAGCAAUUUAUGCACCUUCAAUAUUUUUCUAUGAUGUUAUUAAUAAGUAAGAUCAGAUGCCGUAUCCUCAACAGGUGGUUGUAACAUGAUAGCAAAAGUCAAACGAGAAUGGAAAUGUGAGCAAUGCAUUAUAAUGGCAAGUUCUAUCAGUCUGUAUCAGGAUAUUGUUGCACUGAAUGUGAUCUAACAGAUGGAAGAGCUUAAGAUAAAAGGCAAAUAGACACACAAAAGCUGGAUGACAAUACCAAAGCUACAUGAAUGGUACUUAAAAUGGUUCAGGCAUAGUGGUAAAUACAGGCCCAUAUUUCAUUGUUAAAAUGGAAAAGUUUUAUGACACUAGUUGCAUCUCACAUUAAGUAUAGGACUAAAAAUAUCCUAAGUAUUUAUUACAAACAACUUUUUGCAUAGCAGAGAAAAACAAUUUGAAAAUUUGGGGUUUGAAAUUGCUCCUAGAACAAAUGUGUACUUCUCUUGUACUCAAUACUUUAAUAGAAAAAUUAGUUAUGACCACCAACUACAGUACCAUUAUCAAAAUUAACCUUAUUGGAGCCCAAAUGCAAAUCGCAUCUUCCCUUCUGUUUAAGGACAUUUUGUUCAACCUGUGAGAUCUGGUCCAUUUUAAAUAACUAAAGCCAUUUGGAAUUUUUUUUUUAAAUAUUAGUCUUCAGAGCGGUGACUGUUUUGAAGUAUGCAGUGGCAGGUAUUUGUGAAAUUAUUCAUCAUAUUCCUAAUUAAUUCUACUAUCUUGUAUAAUUUUUACCUUUUAAGCAAUUUUCUCCGAGUUUAUUUUCCAAAAUUUCAUGUAGGUAAUGAGAACAUUUAUCUAGAAUGUGCAUAUCACACAUGGAUAACUUCCAAAUAUUAAUAUUUUAUAACCAUGUUAAUGUUGUACUAAAAUUUUUCUAUUAGGUUUAAAAGUAGUUCUCUUCUUAAUGGAAAGGGAGGAAAGACAAAAACAGUUUUUUGGAAAACAUCUUAAGAUUAGUAUCUGAGCUUUGUCUUGGAUUCUGAAUUUAGCUUUGCUACAAACUAGAAGUGUAAUUAUGGGCAAGUUCACUGUUUGUAGUGUACCGAAUACUACCAUUCCUCCACCAAUAAAUAAGAAAACAAAGAUAA